GGCUGGUUGUAUGUUCAAUCGCACUGCUACACAUUUGUUGAAAAACUCGUAAUUUUUGUCAAGAAAAUCAUCCUGUUUAAACAUGUCAACAAAAACUCGAACUAGAGGUGCCAAAAAGGGCAAGAAUGGUCACGAUAAAUAUUGUUGGACUUGCCAUACUGGACAAACAGAAAUCCAGUGUUGUACCUGUUUUCGAUCAUUCCACCAAACGUGCAUGGACCCUGAUCUGGACAACGUUGGCGUAACAAAAUCGAAAAUAUGUUCGGUAUGCAUUAUGAUGCGCAAAUCGAAGGAUGCCGUCAACAAUCGACAGCAAUUGAAAUUGUUAAAGUAUGUAAUAACUGAUGUGAUGCGCAAUCCAAACUUCCUUAAACUAAAGAAUUCCGCCGGUUGGCAAAAGGCAUCUAAAGAGAUCUUGGUGCCGAUUGAUCUCAGUAAAAUCAAUAACGAUGUCAAAUGCCAACGGUAUAGCAGUAUCUAUGCGUUCAUCGUAGAUGUAAAGUGCCUUUAUCACAACUGUGCCUGUGCCAUAUACUCAGAAAAUCCCAAUUUUGCGCAAGAGGCCUACGAUUUAUUGAAAUUCUGUACUCAAGAAACAGAAGCAAUUUCCAGCUGCACGAUUUGUUAUGAAAACAAACGUUUGAAGCCAAUGGAAUGGCGCACAAUUGCUUGCAAUAAACAACAUUUGUUGCUAUGGGCAAAGUUACCAGUCAGAGCUACGCGUUCGUUAAACUUUUGGCCAAUCGAAAAAGGGUUUAAGUAUUGGCCAGCCAAGUUUAUCUCCGGCACAGCUAAUCGGGGCGAAAUCAAAGUCAUUUUCUUUGACGAUGACAAAUUUGUCAAUAUUUCACAAGAAAACUGUCAACUGUAUACAACCGACACAAUCAACGAGGCCCAACAAAUGGAUGGUUCAUGGAUGGCUGCAGCCAUUGAGGAGCUGAAACAGUAUGCAGCGAACGUUCAAAGGAAGUUCAAUUGCCGUUUUGUGGACACAUUGCCAUGCACACCAUUUGAUUUGGAUCGUAUUAAGGAACACACGAAGGCCAUGUUUUCGGGUUAUGACAACAGCUUGCCGACGCAUAAUAAUUUCAUCCGCAUCCAAGAUGAAGAAAGUACCUCAUAUGGUGGCCGCAUUGAUAAUAUUGGCAUCGAUGAAAAUCCAGCUAAAAAGCGGCGGAUUGACAAUGACCGUACGCAAAUACAAAACGAAAUCAUUCAAGAUGUCCCCGAUGAAGACUGUGCCGAUAAUAAUACUGGCAUCGAUGAAAUUUCAGCUAAAAAGCAGCGGAACGACCAUGAAAAUGAUACAUUAAACGAAUUCAGACAGGUGGUGAGUUUGUUGAGUAGUACAUUACUGCCAAAAUUCGAGGUUCAACAAAAUGAAUGGAACGCCUUAAAAGGUCAAUACGCUAAUAGUCAAAGAUUAAACAAGGAGUUGAACGAACGUUUGAAGGCCGUAAUUUCUGAGCGCAACCAAUUAAAAAUGAAUGCAAGCAUUGCACCUGGAUUAACUAUGAUAAAAGACGCGUAUGACACGGACUUUCCUAAUAAAUUGAUGUCGUUGACUGAAGAAAGCGGCUCUCUGCAUCGCGGGAUUGAACAAAAAAAUGAUGCCAUUGAACACGACCAGAAAAAAUUACAACAAAAUUUGUCUAAAUUGGAAAGAAAAAACAACGAUUUGCAGAGGAAAUUGCUUGAACGAAAUACAACGGUCGAGAUCAUGAAAACUCUACAGAGUUCGGAAGCCAAACGAACAAUGGACGUUGUGAAAAACGAUCAUGCCAGAGAAAUGAAAAAACUGAAUCAAUCACUCAAACAAUUACAUGCCGAAAAUCAAACCUUGAUGGUACAAAUUGAAGUCAUGAAUUCCGAACAUUCGGAUACGAAAAAUGAACUGGUCAAAGCAAAUGAGAAGAUUGCCACGUUGAAGAGAAAUCAUAAAAAUUCAGCGGAACAAUUGCGCGAAAAUCUUGAAAUUGGUCACCGGAAAAUGAUGAAAAAAUUUCAAGAAAAAUUGGAAAAAGAACAUCAAUCACAGAUAGACGAGAUUCGCGAACAACAUCAAAAGAAUCUGCGCGACGAAGUUGAACGUGCCAUUGAUGAUUAUAAGAAGCAAGCAAAGACAUCUUUCACUGACAAUGAAUAAGGCGAAAUAUCACACAUUUGGAGUGAAAAGCCGUGCUUUUUUCUGAAUUCUAUUUAGUAUAGUUUGAUAUUACAUGGAAGAAUUAUGUAUUUGAAACGAAUCACAAAUAAUAAUAAAACUUUAUUCAAAUCAA